UUUGCCUUCCCGCCCUGAAGUUUAUGUGUCAAGUUGGAGUGUUUGCCUUCCUGCCCUGAAAGUUCUUUGCUUUCUUGCUCUGCAGUAUGAAAACCCCUGGACCAUCCCGAAUAUCCUGUCCAUGGCGCGGAUGGGUCUGGCGCCGGUUUUGGGCUAUUUGAUUGUUGAGGAGAAUUUCGAUGUUGCACUCGGUGUCUUUGUUCUGGCUGGUGUGACUGAUCUGUUGGAUGGAUUUAUUGCACGAAACUGGGCAAAUCAGAAGUCAGCACUGGGAAGUGCUCUUGAUCCUCUGGCUGAUAAAAUUCUCAUCAGUGUGCUCUAUGUAAGCCUAACUUGUGCAAAUCUUAUCCCAGUUUCACUUACUUCCAUGAUUAUUCUGCGGGAUGUAGCUCUGAUUGCUGCUGUUUUUUAUGUGCGAUACAAAACUCUCUCUCCACCGAGAACACUCAGUAGGUACUUUAACCCCUGUUAUGCUACUGCCCAGUUAAAACCAACAUUCAUUAGCAAGACAAAUACAGUGGUUCAGCUAAUUUUGGUGGCAGCUUCUUUAGCAGCUCCUGUUUUCAAUUAUGUGGACAGCAUAUAUCUGCAGACGUUAUGCUUCAGGAGAUGCAUUGUGAUCCCCCUCAGGCAAGGAAAACUCUCUCUACUUACAAAACAACACAGAAGAAAGAACUAGACAGAAGAGAUCAUGGUGAUCAUAAACUCAUGGUUUCUUUUCCCAAACAACAUGUUUUUUUCUUGUGUGUCAUAAAAAAGAGCGCAACUGUGAAGGGCUUAAAUAAUUGAAAUCAGGAGGUAACUGAUACCGCUGUAGUAUUAGCAGAAGAAAAAUUGCUGUAGACAUCUCUUGAGAGCACACAGCCUCUUUUGUGAUAGCAUAUGUUUGUAUAUACAAAGCAUUUUAAUAUUUUUUUAUAUUUAAACUUAAAAAGCGGUGUACAGAGAAAACACUUGAUCUUUUAUUAGUACCUUUGUCUUAAAUAUUAGUACCUCUGUCCCCAUGUUCUAUGGUCAACACUGCAUCGUACAAUGAAGGGAUAGAAGGGAAGUUUCCUUAAAAUAGAGGAGUAUUUAGUAAAAUGGAGCAGUUUUUUCUUGAAGAAACGGUUCGAAAAGCAGAAAUUUAUUGUUCCUAGUCGGGUCAACGCUGUUUGGUUCUGAUUAAUGUAAUGGGGGUUUGGUUGAGGGGGUGGUUCCUUUUACCUAUGACAUGGAAUUGCCCGGGGCUGGUCCGCGAGGGUACCAAGUUAAAUGUACAGUGGCUCGGUGGUUAAAUAAAAUUCGUUUGGAUGCUCCA